UGCCUCGCUCAUAUUAAUGAGCGACGCAAAAUAUGCAAUUUCAGUAAAAAAAAGAUCAUCUGCGUCGAUGGUUUACAAACUUGUGACGCAAAGUACAAAAUAAGAGUGAUUUUAGUCAUUUGCCUCGCAAAAUAACAAAUAUGCGACGCAGCUUAUCUUCAAUGUGCGUCGUUGUUUUACUAUUGUGUGACGCAAUGGUCCAAUUACUCUGUAUAACUCUUUCGAUACCACCGAGGAGUUGAUAGAUCUACAACUUCCUCCUCUCCUCUCUUUCUCUGUCAACCUCAUUCUUACCAAAGCUCCAUUGCCGCAUGAAACUCCAACUCAUUUAUUUCUUUGUUUCAACAAUUCAGUUGUGCUUUUGCCUUCUAAAUAUUCACUCACCAACCCUAGGUUCUGGCGUUGCGAAGAAGGCGACAUCUCGAUGCAUUUUGGAUGGCUUGUGAUAUCGGCGGGUUGUAUUGUUCGGUUUUUGAAAGCUAGGAUGGAGCUCUGGUUUACCUCGCCACCGUUAAUGGACCUAGCUUUUAUUGCUCAACUAAAUGGUUUGAACUCCCCGCGCGUGGAUGUGUCCCCCAAGUCUAAAUAUAAUGACAGAUUGUCAAUGGAUGACGGUGAUGCUGAUAUUGAUGAGCACACGAAAUAUUGCAAUCAAGAUGAGGCACGCAGAGGUGGAUGUUGCAGAGGCCCAGAUGAAGGGUGAAUCAGGAGCAAAGCUAAGACAAGGACAAACAGCACAAAAUGCAGCAAAAAUUGAUGUAGAAACCAAGAUCAUAGCCACACAAAGGGAUGGAGAAGGGAAAAAAGAAGAGGCCAAAGUAAGGAGUGAUGUUAAGAUAUUUGAGAACCAAAAGGAGGAUGAUGUUGCAAAAGCAAGUGCUGAAUUGGUUGCUCAAAAGGUCGGGUGGUCCAGGGCGGUGCAACUGGCUGAGGCUUGUGAUCAGUAAUGCAUGCAGCAAACCUUUGCUCUAUACACAGAAGGGCACUAACUUAGAAAAGCGUUUAGGCAUUGAGGAACACUCUCAUAUUCAGUGGACAGAUACAACAAGUUCUAAUUGUAGAGGCCCGUUUUGCACAUAACAGCAAGUAUCCAUUACUAUAACUAAUGGAAUGGUGAUCAUUUGAUGAGGUAAGAAGCAUACAAUCCCCUUCGGUUACAUCUGGUUAGUUUGGAAGGAUGUGAAGAAGAAUUGCGACAUUCUGUUGUACCCAUAUUUGAAUAAAAGGUAGUUGAGCUCUUGUAAGUUGUUGAUGAAGUCUUGGACUUAAUUUGAACUCGAUCUCUAGCUAGGUAGAUAGUUUGUUGUAAUAUUUAACUUAAAUUUUUAUGUUUGAAGUGUAGUUAGGUUAUCAACAAGUUGGUUGAUCUAUAACGAAUUUGCCUUUUAUUGGAUCUUAAACUUUUGUGACAGGUAUAUAUCAUUCACGGUAUCGGGAAGGGUCUAAUUACAAAGGAGACUUUGUCGAAAUUUCCAUCUAAUUUACUUUUACUUUUAAUUUUACUUUUAUGAUCUGGAUAUGUAUUAUAUGUACUGCGAUUACUCGAGCUACAUAGAAAUAAGUUGCUAAAUAAAAA